CACACUCUCUCACACACACACGCUGUAGGCUACAGCUCGGAGCCACAUCUCUUUCUUCCACGCGGUGGAGGACUGAAGGCGGCGGACACGGACAACUCCGGACACGCACGCGCUCCACGGAACAUACGCCUUAACCAUCCCAUUACGCGUUCACCUUAUUAUUAUUAUUAUUAUUAUUAUUUUUUUUUUUUAUUGCUACAAGUGAGGAAAGUCACAAAAACUGACAAGACACCUGGCGUCAUUGGGAUUGGAUAGGAGCUUCACUUACUUUCACUACCAGCUCGAGGAAAUCAAGCGACUCGAACUUAACGCAGCUUGUUUUCUCACACUUUGGUGCUCCCAAUGCCAUGAUUCAUAGUCAGCCACCAGAAAGAAAAGUUGUUUAGACAGCUCAGUUAUUCAGAAAUCCGUUGUUAUUAUUUUUCAGCGUUAUGUUGUGCCGAGCGCUCUGAUCUGAGUUUCCUUGCGUGGUGAAGAAUAGCGCGUGUAACAGGCGAGCAGCACUGGAGAGGAGAGGAGAGAUCAUCGCCGUGCUGAAGAGCUCUUCUCGGUGGAUAAACCCGUUUCUCCACGCCGAAAGAGGGCUGGGAUUCAAGAAUCAAGACUUACUCUUACACGCUUUUUCCUUCAAGGGUGGCACAUUUCACCCGGAAAGAUGGAUUUAGCCACCAGACUGUAUGGAUGCUUACUCGUGUUUUAUUUCUCGUCACUGGUUUACGGAGAUCCGGAGCCAUGUGGUGGGCACCGGGAUGCCAGCGAUGCAGGCUAUAUCACCACGCCUGGUUACCCACAGGAGUACCCCCCUUACCAGGACUGUCGCUGGAUCAUCACGGCUCCAGAGCCCUCACAGCGCAUCGUCCUCAACUUUAACCCCCAUUUUGAGCUGGAGAGACUGGACUGCAGAUACGACUAUGUCGAGAUCCGUGACGGCAAUUCAGAUUCUGCAGAUCUGCUGGGAAAGCACUGCAGUAACAUCGCCCCACCGGCCAUCAUCUCAUCAGGACCCGUGCUCCACAUCCGAUUUGUGUCUGACUACGCCCACCAGGGAGCCGGCUUCUCACUGCGUUAUGAGAUCCACAAGACAGGUUCUGACUGCUCCAGAAACUUCACCAGUCCAUCAGGUGUGAUCGAGUCGCCCGGUUUCCCUGACAAGUACCCUCACAACUUGGAGUGCACCUUCAUCAUCAUUGUCCCUCCCCACAUGGAGGUCACGCUCACCUUCAUGACCUUUGACCUGGAAAAUGACCCUUUGCAAGGCUCAGAAGGCGAAUGCAAGUACGAUUGGCUGGAAGUGUGGGACGGCCUGCCGCAGGUUGGACCUCUUAUUGGACGCCACUGUGGGACUAAAAUUCCGCCUGAAAUCCAGUCAUCCACCGGGAUUCUCUCACUUACCUUCCACACGGACAUGGCCGUGGCGAAAGAUGGCUUUUCUGCAAGCUAUAACAUGACUUUAAAAGAGGUUAAUGACAAUUUUCACUGUAGCAGUCCUUUCGGGAUGGAGUCAGGCCGGAUCACAGACGACCAGAUCACAGCGUCUUCAUCAUUCAGCGAUGGACUGUGGUCUCCACGGCAGGCUCGUCUUAACUACGACAACAACGCCUGGACGCCCAGCGAAGACAGCAACAAAGAGUACAUACAGGUGGACCUGCACUUCCUAAAGGUUCUGGCCGGCAUCGCCACCCAGGGAGCCAUCUCUAAAGAGACGCACAAGUCUUAUUAUGUCACCAGCUUCAAACUGGAGGUUAGCACCAAUGGCGAGGACUGGAUGGUGUACCGCCACGGCAAGAACCACAAGAUUUUCCACGCCAACACAGACCCCUCUGAAGUGGUCCUGAACCGGAUCCCUCAGCCCGUCCUGGCUCGAUUCGUGCGAAUCAGACCCCAGGCUUGGAAGAACGGCAUUGCUUUGCGCUUUGAGCUCUAUGGCUGUCAGAUCACAGAUGCUCCAUGUUCAGAGAUGCAGGGCAUGCUCUCAGGACUACUCCCCGACUCGCAGAUUUCUGCGUCCUCCAUGCGGGACAUCCACGGCUCCAUGGGUGCGGCUCGGUUAGUGGCCAGUCGUUCUGGAUGGUACCCCAGUCCUACACAGCCUGUGGCCGGUGAGGAGUGGGUGCAGGUUGAUCUAGGAGUCCCAAAAGCAGUGCGAGGGAUCAUUACACAGGGGGCACGCGGAGUCGACGGCAGCACCAGCGCCGAGAACCGAGCUUUCGUAAGAAAGUACCGGCUGGCACACAGCAUGAACGGAAAAGACUGGAGCUACUUCCUGGACCCUAAGACCGGCCACCACAGGAUAUUUGAAGGAAACACACACUUCGACACCCCGGAGAUCCGCCGCUUUGAUGAGAUCGUGACCCAGUUUAUCAGGGUGUAUCCGGAAAGAUGGUCGCCUCCUGGCAUCGGGAUGAGGCUGGAGAUCCUGGGAUGUGAUCUUCCAGAAUCCACCACCACUGCCAACACAGCCACCCCGACUCUGGCCAAGCUAGAAGAAACUACCAUGGUUCAGAGGACACCAGCUCCCACCACCGUGUUGUCUCUGGGUGGAUUGUGUGAUUUUGAGCAAAAUAUGUGCGGCUGGACCCAUGACCCCACAGGUGAUGUGAACUGGGCACUGCAUAGCCCCUCCAAUCCUGGUGUGGACCUGCCCCUGGGAGCUGACGAUUACGGCAGCUUCCUGUACCUGGAGGUGAGUCCUAAGACUGAGCAUAAGCACGCGAAGCUCCUGAGCCCCGUGGUGGGACCCGAGCAAGGGCUGCUCUGUCUGCUUUUCCGCUACCAGCUCUCAGGAGUGGCGAAGGGAAGGCUGCAGGUCCUGAUUCGCAAUGACAACCAGGAGACCCUGCUCUGGACCAUGAAAACAGAACAUGACGACAAAUGGAGAGAAGGACGAACCAUCCUGCCUCAGUCCCCUAAAGAGUACCAGGUUGUCAUCGAUGGCUUUUUUGAGCACGGCAGCCAAGGCCACAUCUGGAUCGACAAUAUCCACAUGAGCUCUAGCACAGAGCUGGAGCAAUGCACCGAACCUUUUCCUGCCUUCCCUCCGGAGAUGACUGGGGGAGCCCUUCCUGGCAUGAGUGAUCCCACUGUAGACACUACAGUGUCCCUGCAGCCCAUGCCUACCUACUGGUAUUACGUUAUAGCUGGAGGGGGUGCACUGGUGCUACUGGCCUGCAUCACGCUCCUCAUGGUGUUGUGCUGCCAUCGCUACCACCUGGCUGCCAAGAAGAGCCAGCACUCGGUGUCCUACCACAGCACCCAUUACCCAGGUGGCACCACUACGGCACCCACAGUGGAGCCCAUGCUGACCAUUAGACAGGAGAAACGCGAGCCGUGCUCCCAGUGCUAAGUACAGAAGGAGUAAUGGAGACUGAGACUAUGGAGAGGGUUCUAGACUCUCUAUCGCUAUUAUUCUGCUGCUUCAUAACUACCAACAGGCACAGACGCCCAGUGCUGCACCCGCAGUGCCCUUCAGGAAGGAUUUUGCACCAAGGAUGACCUUCGCACCAAUUAUUCUGGAGAUAUUUGAAAGCUGCCGUCGGUGAAAGCAGACUUUUAAAAGCGCUUAGUCGCUCAAAUUAGGAGAAGAGAAGCGGACACAUAGUUGUGGCCCUUCUGGAACCUUUGGACCUGUGUGAAGCUCUGAUUGGAGUUUUGCAGUGUUUGCAGUUCCAGCUCAGAGUUUGUUGAGAAAAGACGUGCAUCUCACCAGAGUCCUGAGUGGCAGAAAGCCACCUCUGACUGUGUGUGUGUGUGUGUGUGUGUGUGUGUGUGCGCGUGCAUGCACACUUCUCUCACUCUCUGGGUCUCCCUGGAGAGAGCGGCUGGAUGGGAACCUGACUUGGCAGGACUCUGAUCCCCUGCUUGUGACCAAUCCUGUUGCCAAGGGGAAAAAGGCUGUGCAGUGCUGCCAGAACUACUGAGAGAGAAAAACAAAAAAAAGUACUAUGAGAAAAAUGCAAGAAGGAAAGCAGAAUACUGCUGUGUCACAUUAAAGCGUUAGCAUGUGGACUGAAUAAUGCACGCACAUGCACUCAUACACACACUUGCCCAGGAAGAGGAAGAGUAAGUGGGGAAAAGAUGAAGUUAGUUAAAGAUGCCUUGUAAGCAGCAGUGUAACAGAUUCUUUUUUUUUUUUUUUGUAAGAAUGUGUUUCUGUGUGCCUUGAUGGUCCACGUGUGUGUUUGUGUGUAAGUGAGUGGGUGGAUGAACGUGUGUUAUGUGGGUGCAUGGGUGCAGUUGCUAUCCAGAACACAAUCCACCUAGUGUUUUACCUUCCUCUUCCUUUUCCCGCGAGUCUGUCUCCUAACUGAAGGGCGUAUCCUGAAGAAAGAUCUAUAUCUUGUCUGUUGAUGUGUACAUUUUAUUUCUUGUGUGUCUAUGAAGCUCUGUAACUUGCUUUGGUACAUCUGUGUCUAAAGAUGUUUGAUUUUUCUAUAUGCAAAAGUUAUGUGACCCUGCCUUAGCCAGUUUUACACCUCUGAGCAACCCACAAUCUUUAAGUCUCAUCAUUGGCCUUAAAUAUACAAGUGGCACAGGGCUAUUCAAUGCCAGUCACUAAAGAGCCUCACUUUUUUGCAGAAAAUACUUAAUGUAGUUUACUAAAUGUACUUUAUAUGCUAGUUAUUUUCUGUAAUAUUUUUAUAUCCAACUUGGGAUGUCAUGGUUGCUGACUGAAAGGCUAAAUGGAAAUGCACAUGCACAUGACUGAUGCACUGAUUAACGUUCAGCGUUCUCUGGUAGCCAAUCAUGUCUGUUGACUUCUGUUGCUAUUUUGACUGCUUUCGGCUGUUUUUAUUGGCUUGUAUGGAAGCGGAGAGUGAAACUCAAGCUGUGAAUGUGUGGCUUUGCUUGGCUGCUCUGCUUCAUGUUUGACAGUGGUGGGGCUUUGCCAUGUUUGAUAGCACUGCAGAGAGUGAGAGAACUCACAGACUCUAUACGUCUCAACACUGCACACUGUGUCAAAUCUGACGGCUUUCCUUUAUGGUUCCUCUGUGUCUCAAAUAUACAGAAUUAUUUUUGUGCAAUUAUCAUACUUGGAAAUGCGUUUAUAUGACAUAACAAUCUUGAUGUUUGAUGAUGUGCAUACUGUAAUACCUGUUCAUUCUAAAGUGUCUGAUAGCUUUAAAGUGUAUGUUUUUGACUUGAUAAUGAAAGUGUUAGGUUCAACUGUAUUUUUGGUUUUUUGUUUUGUUUUGUUUUUUGGACAAAAUCCACCCCCCCACAUACCCACACACUAAAAUGUGAUAUUACUUAUUUAAACACCAUCAACUUUCAGGAUUAGUGUGAAUCAAAAGGCUUUGAUUAUAUUGUAUUAUAUUGAUUAUUAUAUCGAACAAACACACACCACAGCCAAGAUGCACAGCCUAGAGCAAGAUUCAUGAACAUUCCAUAAACAUAUUAUUCCCUUUAGUCAUAAAAGAGUUUGAGGCGCCAUCCAUUAUAAUAAAAAAAGAAAGAAAGCUGGCCGUUAGGCUGCCGCUUCACGUUUUGGAAGCAUCAGAUGCAUUUUGGGAUUAAAGGAGGAUGAAAAUCCCUGUAUCUUCUUAUGUCCUCCAUAUGGCAAUAGGUGAAAAUAAUCCUCCAUUACAGAGGCCAUUUUCUCCCCAUUAAUCUGCUCUUCACAAAAGAAUGCAUGGAAAGGUGGAAGGGGAGAUCAAAGCGAGAGGUCGGACUAAAGAUACACCAACUCUGAUUCGGCCCGCAGUCUGAAGGGGUUUGCUUAAGAACACAAAAGCACAUGAAAGCCGCUUACAGGCAGCCAGAUAGAGCACCUGACCUGGCAGACCCAUGAUGAUGCUGGGAGGAAAAAAAAAGAAGGAAUCUCUCGCUCCCUUUUCCAUCUUUCUUCUCCUUAAUCCCUGCGUAUAUUAGAUCCUUGUUAGCAAAAUUACAGCCACCGUAAUGAAGCCAGGAUUCAACCGAGCCCGUCAUUCAUGCAUAAAGCAGGCUGUCAUUAUGGCUUUUGUUUAGGAUUUAAUGAUAAAAAGUACAAUGACGUUUUUUUUUAAGCACUAACGCUGACUUCAAAGCUUUUUUAUCUUGCAAACAAUGCAAAAAAAUUUUUCCCAGCCUACAUUACAGUGGUUGCUCCUUUCUAUAAAUAAUGAUGUCACUGUCAAUUUGUCUUAUAUAGUGCCAAUAAGAAAUCCACCCUCCAUUUCCUUCUCAGUGUUCCUUCACUUCAUUCUACUGGGGAGUCUAGCUCAUGAGUUUCACUCUGACAUAAGGCUUUUAACGCAGACUACCCAAUAAUAAUACCCUCAAAGUAUUUGAUUUUCCUGUAGGAAUGCCAGCCUUUGGAUGGUUUUAUUUAUGAGGAGAUUUAUUUUCCCCCUCCUGAAACUGACAGGUUAGCAGAAAUACAGUCUGAUCUCAAUGUGCUUUUAUAUCAACCAUGGCCGCCCCAUGCGAUUUCUAUGUAGGUCUAAAUAUUUUUAAUUAGAUAAUGGGUCGAUUGCAUUUUAUUAAGCCUGCCGUAAGCAUUCUUUUUCUGGAUCCUUUUCCUUUUGCUGUCUAUCAAACGAUAUUAAUGAGCAAAAGCACUUAGGUCCUCCUGGCCGUACAUAGGCCUCACAGUGCCAAGAGCCUGCCUCAGCACAAAACACACUGCGUACGCACAGUCUGAUGUGUUGCUUUAGAAAAAGAAAUCAUUUUGAUAUUAUUUUAGGAUGUCACAUAUUCCGUCAUAAUAGAAAUUCUUUUUUUUUUUUUUUUUUGGUGAUUAAAAUUUGGCUUCACACCAAAUGGACAAGUAGCAUUAAGAGUUAGGAAAACGUUAGCGUUUUAUCUUACAAUACAUUUUGAUCCUGGUGCAGUGUAUCAUAUUUGUGUUUUGAUUCAUGUUCAUGGUCUCAAGACUCUGAUCUCUGAUACAUUUGUGGCUGUGUGUUUCCUGCAUCCUCUCUUUGUGUAUAUUGGGUCUUGACUGGGAUUGUCUGUUUAUGUGCCAUUUCUGCGCUGCACUUCAGCCUGUUUCAAAAAGAUCUGAGGAAUAUUUUAGCCUGUUGAAUUUUAUGGUCUUGGAAAAUGUUGUGCGGAAUGUAAUAAUAAAGUGAUAUUUUUCUACAAACUGCUUCUGGAGUGUUUUAUGGUGUAGCAGUUCUGCAUUUUAUGUGUAUUUGUUAGUUGAUUGUGGAUGACGUUUUUUUCAUUAUGUUGGUGCUUAAAAUGUAGAAUGCACUGCAUAUGUGUCACUUCUGCUUCAGCAAAUAGCCAAUAAACUGUGUUACUGAGGCUGCUUAAACUUGUAUUUCCAUGCCAUUAGAGCUUGAGUCAUAGCACGCAGCAUACACUCAUUUAGCAAAAAAAAACAUGCAAGGUUGUUCUGUUAUUUGUCUUUGUAGUCUCUUAAGCUGAACCCCGCUAAAAUGGUUCCCUUUU